GGAGGAGCAGGAGGAGCAGGAGGAGGAGGAGGAGGAGGAGGAGGACAAGCAGGACCACGACAUCUCCCUCUUCGUCAAGGCUGGCAGUGAUGGGGAAAGCAUUGGGAACUGCCCGUUCUCUCAGCGCCUCUUCAUGAUCCUGUGGCUCAAAGGUGUCAUUUUUAAUGUCACAACCGUGGAUCUGAAAAGAAAACCUGCAGACCUGCAGAACCUGGCCCCGGGCACCAACCCCCCGUUCAUGACCUUCGAUGGGGAGGUGAAGACUGACGUGAACAAGAUUGAGGAGUUCCUGGAGGAGAAGCUGGCGCCGCCCCGGUACCCCAAACUUGCACCGAAGCACCCCGAGUCGAACUCUGCAGGAAAUGAUGUCUUUGCAAAAUUCUCUGCGUUUAUAAAGAACCCGAGAAAAGAUGCAAAUGAAAAUUUGGAAAAAUCUUUGCUUAAAGCCCUGAAGAAGCUGGACAACUAUUUAAAUAGCCCCCUGCCGGAUGAAAUCGAUGCUUACAGCAGGGAGGAGAUCGCUGCUUCCAGCCGGAAAUUCCUGGACGGGGAUGAGCUCACUUUAGCAGAUUGCAACCUCCUGCCAAAGCUCCACAUCAUCAAGGUCGUUGCAAAAAAAUACCGAAAUUUUCACUUCCCACCUGAAAUGACAGGGAUUUCCAGAUACUUGAAAAAUGCAUAUGCAAGAGAUGAAUUCACAAACACGUGCCCUGCUGACCAGGAGAUUGAAUAUGCUUACUUGGACGUGGCAAAGAGAAUGAAGUAACCUGAAGAUGCCUCUGUUUGUUGCUUCUGUGAUGGACAACAGCCAAGCUGGAAAAGCACAAACCAGCAGAGAUUCUGCAGUGUGAUUUUAAGUUCUGCUAUUGGCCAAUCCUUUUAUAAUGAUUGUAUUGCAUUAUUUACUCCUUCUUAAAUUAA